AUGGAAGAGAAAGUAACGCCACUUGUCCUCCUCCUCUUCUUGGGGGUCUUCUUGACCAGAACCGCUGCAGCCAAAGGAAGCAGAGCUGGAGGGAUUGUCGAAGAGGAGAGGGAUAAAGAGAACGACGCGGAGAGUCCGUGCGAAGUUAAAACCGUGACCGUUUCGACCCUGCCAGUGCUCCGGGAGAAUGAGUUCAGUUUCACCGGCGGUGGCUCGGGGAGUAUAGCCGGAGGGGAAUCCCGACUCCUCUUAUUUGUUCGGACUGACCUACCUGGAAGAAUCUCCGUUUUGGAUGAUCUCGACAACACCGCGCUCCCGUACUUCACAUUAGAGAUGUCAGGGACGGGAGCGGACAUCUCUCAGGUGCAUUGGAAGCAGCAGUGGUUGGAGAAUGGGACGCUUUACUUUCACGUGUCCAUGAGCAGCUCCGAGCAGCUCAGCCAGGCCACCCAGCCCACAGUCCGCCAACCCGCACACAGCCUGCACGAACACAUGCACCUGCUCCAUAUCUCUGUUAUGGGCGGCCUAAUUGCCCUGCUUCUCCUUAUCCUCCUCUUCACCCUGGUGCUGUACACGCGUCAUCGUUGGUGCAAGCGUCGGCGUGCUCCCCAGAAGAGCGCCAGCACGGAGGCCACCCACGAGAUCCACUACAUCCCCUCUGUCCUGCUGGGCCCGCAGGGACGCGACAGCUUCCGCGGGUCCCGUCAGCAUCACCACCACCAUCACCAACAGCACGGCUCUGUCAUCGGCAUGCCCAUCCGCGAGACGCCCAUCCUGGACGACUACGACUGCGAGGACGACGACCACCACGCCAAGCAGCUGGCAGACGGCAAGCUUCAGGACGACGACUAUGCCAGUCAGGGCUCGCGCUCUGUGGACAGCCUGGGCAAAGGCUGCGAGGACAAGCACAGUCUGGAUACGAGAGAUCUCGACUCUAAACAGGAGUCAGUGGAGGCUCUGAUGCAGAGAUUUAAGGACAGUUUCCGUGCCAACGCUGGCACGGACAUGUCACACUUCACACACAGCUCAUCCACCGGGCGGAAGAGAGGACAGACUCAAAUCAGAGGCGGUAGGUUUGGUCGUCACGGAGAUUCGGGUUCAGAAGCAGAUGAGGAAACACAGCUGAGGUUUUACACAGAACACAGAGGUCGAAGACGCAGUAAAGGUUGUCCCCACAGCCCAGUGAACAAGGCCACUCUGACACUCAUCACUGUGAGCACAUGCGUUCUGGCCGUGGUCUACGGCACGCAAUCCACCUGUCCUCUCUCCGUCAAGGUCACCCUCCACGUGCCUGAACAUUUCGUCGCCGACGGAAGCAGUUUUGUGGUGAGCAUGGGCAGUUUUCUGGACGUGUCCAACUGGCUGAACCCUGCCAAGCUGACGCUGUAUUACCAAACCAACUCCUCGUCACAGUGGGUGAGAGAUUACUGCGGACAGAGAACCACCGAGCCGUGUGAACAACUCUGUGACCCAGACACAGGCGAAUGCAGCUGUGUGGAGGGCUACUCUCCUGAUCCAGAGCACAAGCAUCUCUGUGUCCGUACAGACUGGGGACGUAACGAAGGUCCUUGGCCUUACACAAAUCUGGAGAAGGGUUAUGACCUGGUCACUGGGGAGCAGGCACCAGAGAAGAUCUUCAGAUCGUCGUACAGCCUGGGCCAAGGCCUUUGGCUGCCUGUCAGCAAAAGCUUCGUGGUGCCGCCGGUGGAGCUGUCAAUCAACCCCAUCGCUAGCUGCAAAACAGACGUGCUGGUCACCGAGGACCCAGGGAGACUGAGGGAGGAAGCUCUCAUGUCCACACACUUUGAGACAGUGGAUGACCUGUUGGCCUCGUUCGGCCCAGUCCGAGACUGCUCCAAGGACAACGGCGGCUGCAGGAAAAACUUCAAAUGCGUCUCCGAUCGAAGGAUUGACUCAACGGGCUGUAUGUGCCCUGAAGGACUGAGACCAAUGAAGGAUGGAUCGGGUUGCUAUGACUACUCAAAGGGCACCGACUGUACGGACGGCUUCAACGGAGGCUGUGAGCAACUGUGCCUCCAGCAGCUGGUGCCCCUGCUGGACGACCCCACCUCCAGCAACGUCCUCAUGUUCUGUGGCUGUGUGCAGGAGUACAAGCUGGCUGCUGACGGGCGCUCCUGCGUCCUGCUGGCGGAUAACUGCGAGGGCCCCAAGUGCCCAAGACAGGACACCCGAUUCAACAACACGCUCUUCAGCGAGAUGCUGCAUGGCUACAACAACAAAACCCAACAGGUCAACUUGGGUCAGGUCUUCCAGAUGACUUUUCGAGACAAUAACUUCAUUAAAGACUUUCCCCAGCUGGCCGACGGACUGAUGGUCAUUCCGCUGCCCGUGGAGGAACAGUGCAGAGGAGUGCUCUCUGAACCACUGCCCAAUCUUCAGCUCCUCACAGGAGAUUCCGAGUACAGUGAGGCGAUGGGAUAUCCCAUGGUGCAACAGUGGAGAGUGCGGAGUAACCUGUACAAGGUGAAGCUCAGUGCCAUCACUCUGUCCACAGGCUUCUCGAAGGUACUGAAGGCACUCACGGCAGACAGCACACGCGACGAGAUGCUGGCCUUCAUACAGCAGUACGGCAGCCAUUACGUGUCUGAGGCUCUCUACGGCUCAGAGCUCAGUUGCACUAUCUACUUCCCCAGCAAGAAAUCCCAACAGCAGCUCUGGCUACAGUACCAGAAAGAGGCCACGGACCAGGGAAGCCGACGGGAGCUGAAGUCCCUGCCAUUCAUUAGCUACCUGUCAGGUCUGCUGAAGACGCAGCUGCUGUCGGACGACCUGGUGGCAGGCGUGGAGAUCCGCUGCCAGGAGAAGGGCAGCUGCCCGGCCGCAUGCCACUUGUGCCGACAGGCAGGCCACGAGUCGCCCAGCCCCACACCUGUCCUGCUGGAGGUCAGCCGCAUCGUCCCCCUGUACAGUCUGGUACAGGACAACAUUACCAAGGAGGCCUUCAAGAGUGCAACAAUGAGCUCAUACUGGUGCACGGGGAAAGGCGACGUAAUCGAGAACUGGUGCCGCUGUGACCUCAGCGCCUUUGGCAAGGACGGCCUGCCCAACUGUAGCCCCCUGCGCCAGCCGGUCCUACGACUGGCUCCUCACUUGGAACCUUCCAGCACUAUGGUGGCCCUGGAAUGGGUAGAUGUAGAACCUCUCAUUGGCUACAAAGUCUCUGACUAUAUCAUCCAGCACAAGAGAGUGGAGGAUCCUUCAGAGGCUGAAGUCUACACAGGAGAAGUGUUAAGCCUGGUGGAUGACCUGUUCUCAGGCUUGGGUUCGACCUGCGUGGUUGCCGGGAGACGGACUGGAGAUCACCCUCACACCAUCCUUUACUCCCUGCUUUUCAAGUGCCUGGAGCCAGACAGCCUUUAUAAGUUUAGUCUCAAUGCCAUGGACAGCCGUGGGAGCCGCUCCGAGGCCAGCUACGUCACAGUGCGCACCUCCUGUCCAAUGGUGGAUGACAGCAAAGCAGAAGAAAUUGCUGACAAGGUGUAUAACCUGUAUAAUGGCUACACCAGCGGGAAAGAGCAGCAGACAGCCUAUAACACCUUGAUGGAGAUUACACCACCUCUACUCUACAGGGUGCAACAUCACUACAAUUCGCACUAUGAGAAGUUUGGUGAUUUUGUUUGGCGGAGUGAGGAUGAACUUGGGCCUAGGAAAGCUCACCUGAUCCUGCGGCGAGUGGAGCGCAUUAGCCACCUUUGCCGAUCCUUGUUGCACAGCGGCUACAUCCAGAGCCGGACAGAGAGUGUUCCUUACGUCGCCUGCCGCGGCGAGGAUGGUAACCCACCCGGCAGCGUUUGGCACAGAUCUUUGCACGAGAUUCGACUGGCUUGUACAGAGAAACUCCUGUCCGUGCAGCGUAACAUAUACGGCAAGUCCAAACUGCGAUGA